AUGUUGUUCCUCUACCCGCUGUUCAGUUUGUAUUCGUACAAAGAUAUGCCCCGUACCAGUGCCAAUGCUCGACUUCGAAGUAUUGCCCUCCGCACCUUUAUUGGCGCAGCUUCAACAACCGUAUCAAGUGUGGUCAAUCUCACAGUGUUGAUGGCACUCGAUGGAGAACCCGGAUGGGUAUGUCUCUUAUGUUGUAACUGUGACAUCCUCUUCUCUGCUGUUGUGAUUCAAUGGGUCACGACGCGCGACAACGCUGCCACGAGGACCAAUGCCGAGUACGAUAAUUCCGACCAUCGAAAUCGUGAAGGAUCUCGCGACACAGGAGUAUCAUCCCGCCGACGUGAUACAUUGAACAUGGAUGGUAUCAAGAGGGUUGUGAGUGUGAGCACCACACAAAACUUUAUCAAGAUGGAUGAAAUCGAUGUUACUUCGUACCCAAUGCAACCAGCCGGUGCCUUCAAGUCAGUAGACACCUUGGAUGGAGCCGAACGUGGAAAGGCACGAAAUGGAAGCAUGAGCGAUACAUCGACGUCUGGACUCGUUCAAACACCCGAUAUCGAACCAGCCAAUCCUGUUCUGGGUGUACGAACCGUCAUUGUUGCGGGCAGCAAAGACGGCCGGAGGACAUGA